AUGUUCCUCUCCAUUCUGGCCGCGUUUUGCCUGUGGCUGCGCCUGGCGCUGGGCGUGCGCGGCGCGCCCUGCGAGGCGGUGCGCAUUCCCAUGUGCCGGCACAUGCCCUGGAACAUCACGCGGAUGCCCAACCACCUGCACCACAGCACGCAAGAGAACGCUAUCCUGGCCAUUGAACAGUACGAGGAACUGGUGGACGUGAACUGCAGCGCCGUGCUGCGCUUCUUCCUCUGCGCCAUGUACGCGCCCAUUUGCACCCUGGAGUUCCUGCACGACCCCAUCAAGCCGUGCAAGUCGGUGUGCCAGCGCGCGCGCGACGACUGCGAGCCUCUCAUGAAGAUGUACAACCACAGCUGGCCCGAGAGCCUGGCCUGCGACGAGCUGCCGGUCUACGACCGCGGCGUGUGCAUCUCGCCCGAGGCCAUCGUCACUGACCUCCCGGAAGACGUUAAGUGGAUAGACAUCACGCCAGACAUGAUGGUGCAGGAAAGGCCUCUGGACGCUGACUGUAAACGCCUAAGCCCUGACCGGUGCAAGUGUAAAAAAGUGAAACCAACUCUGGCGACGUAUCUGAGCAAAAACUACAGCUACGUGAUCCAUGCCAAAAUAAAAGCCGUGCAGAGGAGCGGCUGUAAUGAAGUAACAACGGUGGUGGACGUGAAAGAGAUAUUCAAGUCCUCAUCACCCAUCCCUCGAACCCAAGUACCGCUCAUUACGAAUUCCUCCUGCCAGUGUCCAAACAUUCUCCCCCACCAAGAUGUUCUCAUCAUGUGUUACGAGUGGCGCUCCAGGAUGAUGCUUCUUGAAAAUUGCAUAGUUGAAAAAUGGAGAGAUCAACUUAGUAAAAGAUCUGUACAGUGGGAGGAGAGGCUGCAGGAACAGCAGAGAACGGUUCAGGACAAGAAGCCUCCAGCGAAGCGUGCCAGCCGUAGUAAUCCACCGAAACCAAAGGGAAAGCCACCUGCUCCCAAAACAGCCAGCCCCAAGAAGAACGUCCAAGCUAGGAGCGCCCAAAAGAGAACAAAUCCGAAAAAAGUGUGAGCUGACUGCUUCCCUAAAGGAGACUUGCUUAAAGGAUAAGGCCAGGUAUUGCCUGGGACAGCCUGAGUAAGGAAGGCCACACACCCUUGCCUUAAAAACUCACUGCAGUACUCUUUGUAGACACAUCGUGCAGCAUUUUU